CCGGAAAGAGUCCACCAAACAAACACACCCAUUAAGCCCACCGCUCUUAUCGUCUCCCCUCUCUCUCUACACUCGAAACACAGAGAGAGAGAGAGAGACGAUCAGAGCUCGACCUUUUAGGUGAACUGUUUUGUUGUUGGGGAGGUGAAGAGCCGAGAAUGGUGGGUAUCUUCUCUAGAUUUUCUGUCAACAGAAAUAUUCACCGACGAACCCAAAGUGCAAUUGAUGAGAGGGAAGUUUUGCCCUCUAAUUCAGAGGUUCCAGGUGCAGCUACAGUUAUUACUGGUGCUGCAGUAACUGCUGCUCAUGGGAUUGAAGUUGCAGUUGAGUUUAAACCCCUUGAACACCCAACUGAGCCUCUUGACAAUGAUCGACCGAUUCUGUGCCCACUGCCUGAACCUUCUAUUCUUAAUGACGGACGAAUAUGGAAGGAGCGAGUAUCUGCAGGAACAGGGGUGCGGAGGAGGGCCGAUUUGCCAGUUUUGCAGGAGGGGACCCCCAUGGAAUCUGAGUCUGUGGGACCCAAACCACGGCGCCCAUCUAACCGCAUGAUUCUACCAUCUAUCAGUGCUCCUGAACAUAACAUCCUUCAACUGCUUGAAGAAUGUAAUGCAUCUGGCAUCUAAAGUCACAUGUUGCCAGUUCAUAAUUGGAAGUUUUUGCUAUCAUAAUUGUUGUAUAAAGUUCACAAUCUUUUUUAUCUUUUUAAUUUCUUUUUUCUUCCAGUUUCUCUUUUCAUCUGUCUUCAACCAGUUGCUUGAGAAUAUGUAUUUCCAAAUGGAAUUUUUUUGAAAUCACACAAUAUGUAUGUAUACAUUUGACAGAUGAUUGAAAUAUGAAUUAGCUGGUACAGUGCAAUGUUGUCAA